CUUGGCGUAGCCGUGGCAUGGGUAUCCUACGUGUUUGUGUGUCUUUAGCUGGACGGAGGAGAGCUCAUAAGCCCUCCGCUAGAAGUGCCUUUGCCUCCUUGAGCCCCCGAGAGGCAGUCGAACCACUGGUUCGUUGCGCACGAUACGACCGUCCUACAGUGAACAAGUCUUGGUCCUUCAGGGUUUUUAUCUCUUAGCAUUGGGUGUAAGAAGUAUGUGCGACCAAACAUCUAGCAAUCCCUAGGUAGUACUUUGCCUAUUGAUUGCAGCCUCCACAGUCAUCCAGCAGCUUGGAUUUCUUGGGCUGAGUGGUUAUUGCCGCGGUCAGCUUGAUUGACUCGGUCCUGUCGGUGGUCUUGGCGAUUUCAGUCUGCUUGGAAGGGGACACCGGGCGCGUGCGCGUCUCGUGGAUGUGGAGCACUAGCUGCCGCACAGCGUCGAACACUUUGAGUGCACCGUCCCAUUCCCUUGCACGAGCGUUAAGCUUCGCAGUUGUACGCGCGAACAGGAGGUUUUGAGCCUCACAAAAAGCUUUAACCUUCUCUGGCUGUGCGUAUUUGGCUGGUCUCGAGUCUUUAGGCAGUUUGUCCACUUUGUUCUCGAGCACCAUCGCUGCGGUGAGCGAAUCACCUGCAGUCUCGCGUAGCGUAUGGAGCCACUCGCUGAGACGCUCGAAACUCUGCGCGUCACUGACGUCGUACACAAGCAGAGCACCAUCUGCACGACGGUAGUGCGACCGAGUGAUGGCUCGGAAGCGCUCCUGCCCGGCAGUAUCCCAGAUCCGGGCCUUGGUAAAUUUCGUGCCGCUGUAGUCGCUUGGGUCUGGGAACUCAAUAGUGCCGAACUCCGCCUCUAGUGUUGGCGGACGUCGAUCCUGAGGAAACAACAGCGUGAGUACCCAAGCGUAAAUCUAUUUGAUAAGAUCACCGUACCAUGUACGCGUCGUCGCCGUUUGUUGCCACAGCCAAGAGACUGCUCUUGCCCACACCUGCUGUGCCCAGUAGAAUAAUCUUGUAUAUGUGUUCACUUAUAAUCUUGGUUGGCGAUGGAGGAUGUCGUCGCGGAGAGGUAUUCGAGGAACCUGGAAGUUGUGCGAUAGCAGCAGACAGUUCAUCGCCGUCUAAGCGCAAUGAUUCUCGUAAUUCGUGGCGAGUCACCACACCCGCUUCAACAUCAACAAAGCGUAGUGUAAUAGGCCGUGGAGUUGUCUGCAGGCUAUGAAUACAAGCAGUUAGACGCUUCGUUUGGUCCAAGUUCGUCUACAGCAACUCACCUCUGAAUGAUCUCUUCGCAGGGCACUUCAACCAGAUGGUUGUCAUUGAUGUGGGUCAGAUACAGCCCAGGCCGCAGCGUCAAGUGUUCCUGUCCGGGCUGCAAGUGCUUAUUGUACUGUUGAGCCGGCCCACUGCCGUCAGCUCCCUGGGCCGAACGCUCAUUAGCGAUUUCAUAGCUCGCAGCUUUUUCCGAUGAAUAGUUCACUUACCCUGGUGAGCUCCAGUAAACGUAUUGUGUAGAUGCCAUUGCCUGUGUCUGGGAAUUGAGCCGGGUGAAAGCGUAAUCCGAGCUUCUCACUAGGGAACUUGACUCGGAAGGCAAUCUGCCAUGGCAGAUCUACACAAAGAUUCGGGAAGAAGAGCACGGUCAGACAAGAAGAAGAAAUAACGUGAAUCAUACGAGAAGCUAGGUAACCGUACAGUCCGAGUCGUCAUCAGUUGCAAAGGCUUCAGCAGGCAGCAGAGACGAGUGACGUCGUUGACUGGAUGGAGAAGACAUAUCUGGUCAGCCAACAGGGGUGCUAUACCUAAGGAGCUCGGCGUCUUUUGGUCGCAGACGGUUUUGCCACCAGCGACCUCCUAAUGCUCAACGCUUAUCUCCAACAGCGAAUUUAAGAAGAAGGAUAAAUUCGUGAGGCGAGAAUGGCUGAAGAGAUUAACAUCCAGGUCUACAUGGAGGGAUUGUCCCGCGUGGAUCGUGUCGUGGACGACUCUGGCUACGCGUUCACAGCUCUCGAUGUCAUUGAGAAAGACUUGGUGAGUCUGGAGCCGAUUAAGAGCUAUUCGCACUUGCUCUACGUGAACGUAUCCAAGAACCAAAUCGCUGAUGCCUCGCCGCUGUCGGAGCUUCCGUAUCUCGUGGUUGUCGAUCUGUCAAGCAACGCCCUCACUGCACCGCCAACACUUCCUCAGCCAUAUCUACAGUCGCUCGAUGUCUCUGAAAACCAGAUCGCAGAACUGCAGGGUCUUACAUCGGGCUCCCUCACGGUGCUAAAGAUCAACGGUAAUGCGUUUACAAGCCUCAUUGGGCUUCAGAGUUUGCCGUCCCUCACCACUCUAGAAGCAUCUCGCAACAACCUGGAAGAUAUUAGCAGCCUUGCGAGUGAUACAGCGCCCAAACUCGAAACACUUUGCCUGGAUGAUAACAAAAUCACGUCGUUGAGCGGCAUUGAAAGCUUGUCAGAGCUGACCUCGCUGUCUGUCCAGCAGAACUACAUCGAAUCACUCGAGGCCGUGCAGCAACUCGAUCAAUUAACCAAGCUGACGACGUUGAACUUGAUAGGGAAUCCAGUGACUCAAGCGGAAGAUUACCGUUCAGCGAUCAUCUUGUUGGCACCGACGCUGACACACCUUGACGGUGAGCCGCUUACUGACGAAGAUCGUUUGGCUGCAGUGGAAUUAAAGCAUCGACGCGAGGCGGAGGCUGCGGAACAAGCUGAAGAGGGUGAAUAGAAUGCUGUACAUGGGCUGAAAGGAGUGUUAUUAUAAACGCUAUUGCCAUCUACCCUGAAGAUGGAAGCCUACUGCUGGGGCUCUUCCUUAGGGUUGAGCUUGAUCAGAUCGUCAAUCCGCAGAAUGGUAAUGGCAGCUUCAGUGGCAAAACGCAGGCUCUUGAUCUUGCUGAUAGCAGGCUCCACGA